AUGGGGAUCGUUUUCGAUAUUAUCGAGUGCUUGAUUCAAAGGAAUUUCUCCUACGCCACUUCGGAUGUGAGGGAUGCGUACGCGAUCAUCAAGGAGAACUUGUUGAAUCCAAAAUACAAGAAGGUGAUCCUCAUUCUUCAUAGCCAAGGUGGAAUCGAGGGCGGCUUGGUCAUUGACUGGUUAUUGGACGAGAUGCCUCGAGAGUUGCUGCAGGAUCUCGAGGUCUAUACCUUCGGUAAUGCGGCGAACCAUUUUAACAAUCCGGUUAAAACAUUGUCUCAUGCUCGUCGGAUUGAAUCCGAAGGCGAAAGUCCGCAGGUCAGCCCGGCAGCAAUAGGUACAAAAACCAUUCGUCGAAUUGAGCACUAUGCAAAUUCCAAGGACUUUGUGAGCGUGUGGGGGAUAUUGAACUUUGCCAAUAUUCCUAAUCGAUACAUGGGCCGAGUCUUCGUGCGGCCUGGUUCCGGUCAUCAAUUUAUCCAGCACCAUCUGGAUACCAUGUUCACGUUAGGGAAAGACAUGAAGACGCUGGACACAAACGAUUUCAUGGAGAUGGAAGUGGAAGUCCAACCAGAUGAAUUAGAUAGGCCAACAGCAGACGAGACAGAUACUGGAGACAGAGGUAACCAUGACGAGAUUAACUUUCCAGAUGAUGAGAUGAACGGAACUGCCUCAUUACUCCAGUCAGAUGGCUCUUUCAGGAGAAAGAUGAAGGUCAAGGAUCUUAGCCGGCUGUGGCUUUAUCGAAAUGGGGCAUCACCAAUAGACGGGUCCUGA